UCCCAAUUCUUGUUGGGUUAAUUUUAGUUGACUGCUUCAAGAUAAAAACUUGCAAGUCUCCUUUGCAGUACAGGAGCCGGCGAAAAAUGCCUCGAGGUUUGUCUGAUGGUGUCUCCGACAUGGAGGUCUCCUUCACAACACUCCCUAGGGAGAUAUCUCUUUCUCUCUCGCCCAUGCCAAACAGUAACUUGAACCGGAUACUAUCCGCCGCCGUGAUCUCCACCGCGUCACUAUCUCUCAAACCCAUGCCAGCUUUUGCAAAAAUAUCCCAUCCUGAGCUGGUGAACUUUGAAGUUCAGGAGAUUCAAGCACUGUGCUACUCCACACAAACCAACAGACCACAGAUCGAAAAUGAAAUGAAAGAUCACCCCAUGUGGCGUUUAGAUUGUUUGACAUCACCCCCUCCUUCUUUGUCAUUUCUGGACUCGUCACCUGAAAUUCCUGCAGGUGGGAAGUUGCCCGAUCAAGGUGAAUUGGCUAAAAAACUGUUUGUUGACUCUAAACUGGUUGUGUACGAGGAUAUUAUAGUUGGUACAGGACAGCCUAUCAAUGAUCAAAAGUUAUUACAAGUGAAUUUCCACUAUGAUUUCUAUGAAAGCUCUGAAAAGCGUCGUCGAUGGGGCAAUUAUGGGAGUAAAAAGAAUUCCAAGCGAAAACCUGAAGAGAUUCACCUGUGCAAGCAUAAUUUUGGAAAAGGAUUCGAGAAAGGAAUACAAGGUAUGCGAGAGGGAGGAAUAAGGAAGAUUUUUGUGCCUACAGAAUUUUCACCUGGCGAAAAUUCGGGGGCUUUUUAUGUGGAGUUGCUCCAAGUUUGCCCAUCAGUGCAAUGUCACAUUAGAAAUAAAUUUCCAUGAUAUGUAGUUUUUUAAUUCUUAAAUAAGAAAAAUAUGUGAUAUGUGAAAUUUUCUCUUUAUUAACGAUGGAGGUAAAUUUACUCAUAAUUAUUAACGUGGGUGAUUCAGUA